AUGUCUCAUAACAUAGAAUAUCAACGUUUCCGGCGCGGCGAAAGCUGUACAGAAGAAGGUUGUCGAGCUCGCAAGUUCUACAUCGAAGACGGAAAGAAAUUCUGCCAGCGGGGUCAUGAGCAAGCAGGAUUUACUCAAACUCAGCAAGAUGAAGAUGAUUGGAAUGCCCAAGGAAAGAAAUCUCGAAAGAAGCGUGAGGAGAAAGAGAGGGUUGAGACGGUGCUCAGUGGGAGCGAGGCCAGGAAACUUUAUUUGCAAAGCUACCAAUUGAUUCUGUGGAAACAAUGCCAUUGGCUGGUGAAUGUCAAGGGGUUUCCAAAAGAGUUGGAGACUGUGGUAAGAGACUUGUGGGGGCUGAGAGUGUCUCUUGUGCAUAAGAAUGACGAUAGGAGUGGGUACGGUUCUGGAACUGGGACAACACCAAUGUUCAGUUCUAUGAGUGAGGGUGAAAGCACCGAUACUGAUGUGACAAGAGUGAAGAGUUUUGCAUCAAGUAAGAGUCGGCGGAGUGGGGUUAAUGAGGAGAGGCUACCUAGGUUGAUAGAGACGCUGGGAUUGUGUUAUGUUGCUAUGCUUCUGAUGAGAUUGCCUACAAGCCUUGGUGAGGUCUACAAGUGGGUAACACAUGAAGAGAUCAUAUACUCUCGAGCUAUCGCAGAAAUACCCAAGGACAUGCGAGUCAAACUGCCCGGGCACUUUCAUGCAGCUCUGGAGAUGAAGUCUGUCCUAAGAGUCUCAACGCUCUACGGCAUAGUUCUGGACCUCAUUCGGUUUUAUGCUGUUCAGUUUGAGAUGGUUUGCCCGCCUCUAAAUGCUCCAGUGCUUCUUUUCAAACAUAUCAGGGAUCUUGGACUUCCAGUGGAAAUAUAUCCUGCUGUAAAUCGUCUGGCUAAAAUACUCGACGUUGACUAUUCUUGGCCAAUCACCCACCAAAAGUCGUACGGCGUCUCGGCUUAUCCAGAGAUACAAAUGAUGAGUCUCAUCGUCAUCGCUACGAAACUCAGCCAUCCUUUCGAUGACAUAGAUAGAACUCCUGAGAGUGACACCGAUCCGACCAUGGUAAGGAUAGACUGGCCGACAUGGGUCAGAACCAUGCGGGAACCACCGUUAAGAGGCCUUAAAAGAGGAGAAGAAGUCAAAGCCACCGAUGCCGAUGUCUGGAAUAUGAACGCGAAGAAGAUGGAUGAUUACCUUGAAUGGUAUCAGAGGACAUGGAUUGACGAUCGAGAUGCAAAAGGUAUAUUGCUCCUCUUUAGCGUUUGGCCGAGCUAA